UGACGUCACGGCCCGGGAGGCGGGAUCGGGGAAGGAGGGGCUCCGCCGCCAAGAGGGUGGAGGGAGGGCGCGCAGUCCCAGCCCAGAGCUUCAAAACAGCCCGGCGGCCUCGCCUCGCACCCCAGCCUGUCCGUCGAUCCAGCAGCCAGCGCAGCCGCCAGCGCCGGCACAUCCUGCUCUGGGCUUUAAACGUGACCCCUUGCCUCGCCCUGCCCUGUGAAAAUGUUGGUGCUUCUUGCUUUCAUCAUCGCCUUCCACAUCACCUCUGCAGCCUUGCUGUUCGUUGCCACCAUCGACAAUGCCUGGUGGGUAGGAGAUGAGUUUUUUGCAGAUGUCUGGAGAAUAUGUAUCAACAACACGAAUUGUACAGAAAUCAAUGACAGCUUUCAAGAGUACUCCACGCUGCAGGCGGUCCAGGCCACCAUGAUCCUCUCCACCAUUCUCUGCUGCAUCGCCUUCUUCAUCUUUGUGCUCCAGCUCUUCCGCCUGAAGCAGGGAGAGAGGUUUGUCCUAACCUCCAUCAUCCAGCUAAUGUCAUGUCUGUGUGUCAUGAUUGCGGCCUCCAUUUAUACAGACAGGCGUGAAGACAUUCACAAGAAAAACACGCAAUUCUAUUCUGUGACCAGAGAAGGCAGCUAUGGCUACUCCUACAUCCUGGCGUGGGUGGCCUUCGCCUGCACCUUCGUCAGCGGCAUGAUGUACCUGAUACUGAGGAAGCGCAAAUAGAGUUCCGGAGCUGGGUUGCUUUUGCUGCAGUACAGAAUCCACAUUCAGAUAACCAUUUUGUAUAUAAUCAUUAUUUUUUUGAGGUUUUUCUAGCAAACGUAUUGUUUCCUUUAAAAGCCAAAAAAAAAAAAAA